UUUAUCAUUAUUAAGUUGAACUUUCUCUUCCUCGUAACUUGUGUCAAAGAAUGUGGGAUUGUUAUCUUUUUGUCUCUUUGUACCUAUUUUAAUUUCAUCCCAAACCGGAACAAAAGCAUUCAAAUGGAGAUGAACCUCCAUGACCCUAACCUUGACCGUUUAAAAUACAGUCAGAAGUCCCGUAACCCAGUCGUGGAGACUAGUUGAAGAUUAGAGCUGUUGUGACAGUGACCUAAUAAAGAGUAUGGUGGCAUAGUUCCAUAACCGAAUUUCUGAACAAAAUUUGCUUAUUGGUGUCGUGAAAAAUGUUUGCGAGAGUAUCUUUCUACCCCACUUUGGCCUACAAUGUGAUUAUGGAGAAAAUUUCCACUAGACAGUGGUAUAAUAGAAUAGAUGACACCGUAAUUUUGGGGGCCCUGCCCUUCCCAAGUAUCACGAAGGAGCUCGUAGAGAAGGAACGCGUUAAAGGUGUUGUAUCAAUGAACGAAGACUAUGAACUGUUUUUGUCAAACGAUGAAAAGUCGUGGAAAACGGUUGGAGUGGAAUUUCUGCAGUUAGCAACGACAGACAUAUUCGCUACCCCAUGUCAGAGUAAGCUCGUUGAAGGUGUACGAUUCAUAGACAAGUUUGUGAGUCAUGGUAGAGUCGAAGAUGGAAUAUCGUCACAUUCAGUUUAUAUACACUGCAAAGCAGGCAGGACCCGUAGCGCAACCUUGGUUGGAUGUUAUUUGAUGCAUCGUUACAAGUGGUCUCCCGAAGAAGCAGUCAACUAUAUGCGAGAGAAGAGACCUCAUAUUUUGAUUCACAGUAAGCAAUGGGAGGCAUUGCAUGUGUUUCAUGCUCAAAAUUUAGCCAAAGUAAACUUGCAAUGAUGUAUUAUAAAAAAUGUUAACGAUUUCGAUUAGGAUGAAUUAUUUAUACCCAAAUAAAUUAUUUAUAUUUUCA